UUACUUCUCUCUCUCUCUCCCCCCCUCUCCUAUAAGUAUUUCACCAUUCUUAGCUUUCUUCUCUCAUUCACUUGACCAAAACAAAAAAGACACGGAAAAUCUUUGUUUGUGGGUGCAAUGGAAUCAAGAAUGGAUUAUACAAGUCUCAACCUCAACCUCAACAUUAAUCCUCAAGACAACAUUGAUGAAACUACAAAUAGAGAGUUCCAAGUUGAUAUGAUUAAUUCAGAAACCAAAACACCAAUGAAGAAAGAGGAAAGUGUUUUGAUGGAAAAGUUGAACAAGAUGAGUAGUGAGAACAAGAAGCUAACAGAGAUGCUGUUUUUGAUUUGUGAAAAUUACAAUGCUUUGCAAGGCCACUUAGUGGACUUGAUGCAAAAGAACUCUGAAAAUAAUAACCACCAAAGUACCAAAUCAAAGAAGAGACAGUGUGAAGGUGGUGAGAACUCUGGUGGAGCUAACAAUGAGAGCAGCUCAUGUAGUGAUGGAGGUUCAUGUAAGAGGCCAAGGGAAAUCAAGACUAGUGUUUCAAGGGUUUGUGUGAAGGUUGAUUCAUCUGAUACAAGACUAAUAGUAAAGGAUGGAUAUCAAUGGAGAAAAUAUGGACAAAAGGUCACUAGAGAUAACCCAUCUCCUAGAGCUUACUACAAGUGCUCUUAUGCACCAAGCUGCCCAGUUAAAAAGAAGGUGCAAAGAAGUGUUCAAGAUCCCUCAAUAGUGGUAGCAACCUAUGAAGGAGACCACAACCACAGCCACCCAUGUCAAGCUGAGGUGGCUCUGGGCUUGAACCAGUUUGUCUCCCCUACCAUGAUCACUUCAGAAAGCCCUACUACUACUCCAAAUCCAAAUCCAAUGAUUAUUGAUUCCACACAACUAGGACUGUUUGGUAAUGCCAACAAGUCUAUUCCAGAGAUUGAUCUUCCUGCAUUUCAAAAUCUUUUGGUUGAAAAAAUGGCUAAUUCUCUAACAAAAAAUCACAGUUUCACUACAGCUCUUGCAGCAGCCAUUUCAACCAAGAUUCUAGACCUAGAGGGUUGGGAAAACAGAAGUGUCUAAUUUUGAGUACAAUUUUCUUUUUCUUUUUUUCUUUUAAUUUUUAAAUUUCAUGUAAGAGUAUUGUUUCUGAAGAUAUGAGUAGGGUCACUAUCAACUGAAGUGAAUGUAAUUUUAUGUAGAAAUGCAAAAAAUUAUAUUGUCUUCUCCAGUUUUCA